UGUCAGCUGCUGUGCGGGCACAUCAGAAGCGCCCUGGAGAUCUGUGACCACCUUUUGGCUGCAGAGCAGAAGACUUACUACAAUACUCUUCUAGCAUUGCGAGGAUUCUGCUUCCUCCACACUCACAAGCAUCAGGAAGCCCUGGACGACUUCCAAAAGGUUGUUGAGCAUGAUUCCCCACAUCCUAACAGUUGCAUUAAAGCCCUAUGUGGGCGUGGACUUAUCCGGAUUUCUGGUGGCAGUCAGUACUUGACAGCCCUGGAUUAUAUCACAGCUUGCCAGCUGAAACUGGAAGAAACUAUCUUCACAGUCAAGUCCUACGUGCCAUGGAACCAGAGAGGACUACUGGUGAAAAUCCUCCAAGAAGAAGGACAAAAGAUGCUCCAGAAGAAGAGGGAUGCCCCUGGGGUUUAUCAGCUGGCUUCUCUGCUGGUGGAGCUGGAUGCUUCUGAUGAGGCCUCACGAAUCCUCUGUGCUGAUGCUCUCUACCAAAUGGGCUGUGUGGAAGAAGCUCACAAGCUCCUUUUGGUAGCUCUCUCCAAAAAUCCACACAGGUCCCCCAUUCUGGCUAGACUUGCACUUCUGCAGUUGAAGAAAGGUUUCUUGUAUGAUGGCAAUCAGCUUCUAAAGAAAGUCAUCAAAACUGGAGACACCUCGUGCCUCUUGCCUAUCAUGGACAUUUUCAAAGAUGAAGACCGAAAGCUGAUGCAAACUCAYUGCCAUUUCAGAGCGCUAUCCCUCUUGAACAAACAGGAGGAUGCUGGCAUCAAAGAGGCUGUUGCCUACCUUUCUUUUGCCAUCAUUGCAUCAGGUGGCAAUGCUGAAGAUUCCCUCCUCGUUAGGGCUCAAUGCUACAACCACCUGGGCCAAAAGAAAACUGCUAUUUUUGAUUUUAAUGCCAUUCUAAAGCAGGACCCUAUGAAUGUGCAAGCUCUAAGUGGACGAGGAUUUGUUUACCUUGCUCUGAAGCUGCAGAAGGAGGCAGUGCAAGACUUGACCUUGGCGCUGAAGCUGGAGGCAGAAGUGGUGAUCCCAGCAAUCCUGUCCUUAAAACAUGAAGCCCAAGGGCUAAUCAUGCAGUGGCUCCUUCAGCAUGGCAAGACUGUGUUAAGUGAGCUUGUUGCUACUCAAGAGCUUUCAAAGAAAGAAACUCUUAGAGAUCUUCUCACAAUUGCAGGAGCUCUAAUUAAAAUCUGCAAGGAUGCACAGUAUCGCCUCUUCUAUAUAGAUGUCUUGAUUGCAAAUGGAAAGUAUGAAGAAGCCCUAAUUCACCUUCUGGAGGCACUUGGCCACUCUCUUGCUGGUGAGUUUGCCAGUGCAAGACUAGCCGUACUUCAGAUGAAGAAAAGGAACAUGGCAGUGGCAGCUCGCUCAUUCAGCAACCUAGCUGAGAAAGAUGAAAGGGAGCUGAGGUUUCUCCUGAACUUCUUAGAUCAUAAACAACAGCAGCAUCUCUCUCAGGUAGCAGCCCAAGAAGGAAAUAUGCUGAUUAAAGAAUACCAUUAUGAGAAGGCUCUUAGUUAUUACACUCUGGCAAUCCUGUCAAGCCAGGAUAAUCCAAGGUAUCUCCGACAGAGAGCUCUUUGCCUUAUGCAUCUGAAAAAAUACAGCAGAGCUUUAAAAGACAUGGAGAAAGUGAUCCAGAAGCAUGGCUGCAACAGCCUUAAAACACGUGUUCGUGACCACUGCUCGAAAGGACACCUGCUCUUACUGGUGUCAGAGGAAGAAGCAACAGUUAAAGAGUAUAUUGAGGCUCUGCAGCUGGAAGAAUCUGUCGCACUAUGCAGCAUCACGAAAGGCCCUGGUAGGGAAGUUUUAGCCAAAACAUUUCAUAAGAUUGCACAGUAUUAUUUUGAAAUGCACCGUUAUGAGGAGGCCUGGAAAAUCACAGGUUAUGGUCUCAUAGUUGAUGAAAACAGCACUGAACUUAAGAAGCUGAAAGCAAGACUUAAGCGAGAGGUAUCAGGCUGUCGUAUACAUUAAUUC